CGCGGCUGCAAUGGAACCGGCACCGGCACCGGGAGGCGGUUACCGGUACGGGUCGUCCCCCCCCUUGAAAAAAAAGCAAGAAUGCCAGGCCAUCGUGGACGGGCUGCGGGACGCUCUCGAUGUGCGCGAUGCCACCAUAGAGUCGCUCCAGAAGGUGCUGGGAGAGACGGAGAUGCUGUGUUCCUCUCUCAAGAAACAGAUCAAAUUCCUGGAGCAGCAGCAGGAGGAUAAAAGGAGUUCAAAGGAGGAGGCCUGCCAUCUGCGGAACAAGCUGAAAACCACGGAGCGGAUCGAACUGUUGCUUCAGAGCCAGCGCCCCGAAGUGGAGGAGAUGAUCCGAGAGAUGGGAGUUGGGCAGGCAGCAGUGGAGCAGCUUGCGGUGUACUGCGUCUCGCUGAAGAAGGAAUAUGAGAACUUGAAGGAGGCUCGCAAGGUAUCCAGUGAGAUGACAGAGAAGCUGAAGAAGGAGCUGUUUGCUGCCAACAGCAAGCUGCAGAGAACCGUUUCAGACUUGCAGAACACAAAGGAGGAGUUAGAAAGCACCCAGAAGGAUUUGAAGAAUGCAGACAAGGAGAUCUUGAGUUUGAAGAAGACGAUAGACAUCCUGCAGGAUACCCUGAAAGUGCCAUCUGUGACCAGGGAGACGCUCAGCCGACUGGUCUUCGAAAGCCCUGCUCCCGUGGAACUGCGGCACCCGAAGCUCCACCGCCCAGCCCACAGCGACGAGAUCAAUCUAGAUGCCACCUUUGAUGUGGACACCCCCGAAAAUCAGCCCUGCGAAUCUCUCUUCAGCCCUGCGAAAAGGCAGAAGCUGGAUAAAAAGCCGCCUCCCGUGGUAAAUCUGGCAAAGAAAGCUCUGAAGGAAACAGUGGAGAACAGGGCAGAUGAUCUGGAGGAUGAGGCUUCUUAAAGGGCUGCUGCCAGCAUUCAUCAGGAACUCCGUUCACUCCAAGAAGCUGACACCGGGCGGCUUGCUGGGUUCCCACAAGAACACAGGCACGGUGAGGAUGGGGUACGACGGCUUGGGAGGCAGAACAAAGUUCAUCCAGCCUACGGACCCCACAGCCCUCCGGCCCUGUGUGGUGAGGAGCAAGAAGAACGGCUCCAGGCCGGGGACGGCAGCUCCCCCCGCGUCCUGCAGCAGCAGCCAGGCGCAGCUGGAUGGCUUCCUGCACUGAGCCGUGUGGGGGAGUGGCGGGCACAGCCCCUUUUACCCUUCCCCUCUCCCCUUUUCGUGCACAAUAAAUGGGUCUGCUCCUUCAAAUUAAAAAAAUAAUAAUAAUAAUUAAAAAAAAAAAAAAAAAA